AUGACUGUCUCGCUUGCGCUCCCUCCACUCCUCAACGACGACCAUCUGCCUCCGCCUCUGCAAGCGGAUAAGACUUUGCGGUACCGCGAUGUUGCCAAGUUUUCUCGGUACCGUCAUCGUCGUCGACGCGAUUACACGUGGUCAGUUCGAUGUCUUCCAAGGGUCAAGUUGAUGUCUGCCAGGGUCAAGUUGAUGUCUGCUAGGGUCAAGUCGAUGUCUCCCGGGGUCAAGUCGACGUCUCUCAGGGUCAAGUCGACGUCUCCCAAGGUCAAGUCGACGUCUCUCAGGGUCAAGUCGACGUCUCCCAAGGUCAAAUCGGGCGUCGCCAGUGCCUUUUGA